GACAAUUAUUGAAGAGAGUGGAGAAAAAAUAUCGCUACAACAAUCAGAAGCAACUCGCCUAAUCAUCGUAACCAUCCAAUCAUAGUCGAUUUUGUCAACAUAAUGAAGCUUAGCCAAAUAUGCCACAAUGUAACGGAGCUCGGAAAGUUCUUUUUCUGGAAACAAUUUGGAUGGGUCAGCUAGUCCAGUUUGUUUCAUUUCUAGAACUAUAUCGACUUGUGUUUCGGAAUGCCAAGGCAAUUUUGAACGAAGAAUCAUAUCAACUAUCAUGUAGAUCCAACAUUCACAGUCGUCCUUUCUGCCGACAUCGAAGCCUUUAUGCAUUGCAAGGGAAGCGAAACGAACCGAGCCUUUGAAUCUCAACUGAAAAUCAAAAAAAUUACUUGAUCACAGGUCGGUAAAAUUGUUCUUUAUUCCCCCUUUUCUUUCCUCAAAAUAUUAAAAAUGGCCAGGCUUAAAAUAUGCUACAAAUACUAUUCUGACUAAGUACCCGUUUUCCUUAUAGAACAAAUGAUCCGGUACUGUGUGUGUAUCAUAACUCUGGGUGAGUAGCGAUCUAUAUUCACGUAAAAUAUUUUAGGGAAUACGACGACCUAUUCAAAAUGUUUGCAACUGAGCUCAAAAAUUUUUGGAACUCGCCUUUGAUCUAGGGGCGAUCGUGGCACCAUCAGCAUCGAUAAUUCUUUUGGCAAGUCCGAAAUCAAUAAUGUGUAUAAUCGGAUUUAAAGUUUGGCGGAUUGCAACACAAAAAUUGGAUGGCUUUAAGUCGCGAUGAACAAAACCAAUUUUAUGGAUAUUCUUAAUUCCUUCCAAAGCGUUGAUUGCACAAUACAGUCCCGUGUUGAAACUGUUACGAAAAAUUUAUUACUGAAAACUACAAGCUUUUUACCUUAAUAUUUUGUUUGGACGACGAUUCUUUAUGGUCGCAAGUGAUUCUCCUAAAAGAUUGAUGACGAUAAACAUAUAAUCUGCGCUGACGCCUCUGUCCAAUAAGACUGGAAACUGUUUUUGCUCUUCAAUUGUUGGUCUGUACUUGGACUUGUUUUCUUCUUUGAUAACCACUAUCGAUUCUUGCUCCGAUUUCGCCUUGUAAAUGGCUCCAAAAGCACCAUAGGAAAUUUGCUCAAUAAUUGUAUACGACUGACCGACAAGACUGAAAUAAGAAUAAUGACAGGUAAAUAUCUUAAAUGAAAUUUUACCUCUUCAAUACCUGGCCAUGAAUUCUAGGACCAGACGAUUGUUGUUGUGUUGACGGUUGUGGAGCUAAUUUUGGCGUUUUGUUUUGAACACGGGUGUCUACUCGCUCCUGAUUAAAGUGCUUAGGUAGAUGGCUCAUUUUGAUGAUAAUGAUGCUUAACAUUCUUCCUUUUAUAGUAUUAUCCGUUUGGUGGACUAGAAAACUGUUAAACUUAAUCUGUAU